AUGACACAGUCCGUACGAGACGCCGUUAGAGUUUGCAGGUCGCUGUCGAUACGUUACCUAUGGAUAGAUGCUCUAUGCAUCAUCCAAGACGAUGCCGCAGACUGGCAACGGGAGAGCGCGUCCAUGGCUUUUAUAUACAACAAUGCCUAUUGUACCAUAGUCGCUGCGUCAACAAGUUCCUGCCAUCAGUCUUUUCUUGAAAGGCGAUUCGACAUGAUGACUGUUCCCUUCGUUUCACGCAUCAAUCCCGAGUCGGCGGGUCAUUACGGCUUGUAUGCUUCUGGGUACGGAGCAGGGGGCGCGUUCGCAUGGCCUACACUAGAUUUCGACAAGAAUUGCAAAUGGUUACACCGAGGAUGGACGUACCAGGAAAGAAAAAUGUCUCGUCGGUCCAUAUUCUUCGGGAGGAAUAUGAUACAUUUCGAGUGCAGUUCCAUGUCAGUCGCAGAAAACCAGGAGCCGGAUUCUCGCCGUGCUUUAUCUCGCCCAUCGGCCUUGGGCGAACUUAUAAAACAUCAGGAUCCCAAUUCCGUGUACAAACAAUGGGAUAUGAUAAUUACGAGCCUGAAUCUCAAGGAAUUCACCUUUGUGCAUGACAAGUUACCUUCCGUGUCAGGCAUUGCAAAAUUGUUUGCCGGACUUGCCGGCGGCGAUAGGUAUGUUGCAGGGCUGUGGCAGCAAGAUUUGCCUUUUGGUUUAUUGUGGUUUUCCCGCUGCGCAGUUAUCCCACGCUUUAACAUCAGCCUGCGCCAGCUUACAAACCGGCUGAGGCACCCUACGCCAUACAUCGUGCCCUCGUGGAGCCCUGCGUACAUAAGCGAUACUCAAAUUAGUCGUUCCCUACUUGGCCACAGGAUCGAGCGGCAAGAGUUCAGACCGCGAUGUUCCGUUAUCGAAGCACAAGUUACCGUUAACGGCGAGAAUGCCUACGGACAAGUACAAGACGGAGUCCUCAAGGUGCGAGGGAGGUUUGGUAGGAUUCCGUCGGACUUUUUCCUCUUGUCCUGCGCGCACUCCAUGGUUGAAGUACGGUACCUUGUGGACUCUGGCCGUCUGGUCGCGUACUGUAGCCCGGAUUGCUGGUCCGAGGAAGAGGUGUGGCCGCGAGACGAAGUGGCAUUGCUGGUUCUUGGAAGCUCCGACGCUUUGGGAUCAUUUCUGGCAGCAUCCCAUAGCCGGAGAGAUAACGAGAGCUGGGGACGUUGGCAUUGUAAUGCCGCUACGUAUGGUUGGUAUGGCUACAAAACUAUUGUAUCAAGUCCGACGCGAGAUGCAACUAGACUGGUACAGGAGCACGGAGUACGGGAAGAAACCGACGCAAAGGCCGCAGGCGCCGCAUUGUCGAACAAAAUGGAGGUACCCAACGAAGACGACAAAGGGAAAUCUACAUGGGGCCCCAGCGGCGAGUCUGAUACUAAGGAGAUGAAGAGUGGUACCCAGCCUCCUCCAACAUUAGAGUUCUCAAAGUUAGACAUGAUCGCUAACGGUAGCGACGACACAACUCGAGGGGAGGCAGAAAACGGAGUUACCUCUGACGGGAAGGACGCAGAAAACGCCACCACCGAACAAAAGAUUGACCAAGAAGAUCUGGACGAGCAAGUUAUAUUCACCAACUCGGACUCGGAGAAGCCGUCGAAACAUGAGUUUUCCAGCACAAUCACAACCGAGUCAUAUUGUCCGACAUUUAACUACUUUGACAGAAUCGGCAACGGCUGGUACGAGGACAACGAAGACGCGUGGGGGCUUCUUCUCGCACCCGCCGCGCAAGAGGGCAAAUGGAUCCGGGUGGGAGCGUGGUGGUCCGUCGUCGGCGACGGAGGGGGUACCAGGUACUUUGACAAGUUUGACGUGCAAGAAGUCGACAUUAUCUGA